ACUCUUUUCCACACCAAAUUUCGUAGAGCUCUGGAACUGGCGUUCAUAUUUCUGCUAGUCUGGUACUACUGCACCCUGACUAUACGGGAGUCCAUAUUGAAGGUGAAUGGAUCCAGGAUCAAGGGCUGGUGGCGCGCCCAUCACUUCAUCUCGACGGUGGCCGCCGGCGUCCUGCUGGUCUGGCCGCAGGGCGAGCACUGGCAACUGUUUCGCCUGCAGUUCAUGUACUUCAAUGUGUACAUCAGCAUCGUGCAGUAUUUGCAGUUUGGCUAUCAGAAGGGUCUGCUGUAUCGGCUCAAGGCGCUGGGCGAACGCCACAACAUGGAUAUCACCAUUGAGGGCUUCCAUUCGUGGAUGUGGCGCGGCCUGAGCUUUCUCCUGCCAUUCCUGUUCAUUGGCUACGCCUUUCAGGCCUACAACGCCUGGACGCUCUUCAAGCUCGCCUACUACCCGCCCGACGCCCCCUGGCAUGUGUCCGUCAUGUGCGGGCUCUUCCUUCUGCUCUUUGUGGGCAACAUCACCACCACGCUCCUGGUGGUGCCCGAAAAGAUACGCGAGCGGGCCAAGGAGCGCUAUCGCCUCCAGAGCAUGGGCAAGUCCAUGAAAUUGCGCAAGGAGAUGAAGAACAGCGCCAGCGACUUGGACAUUUCAAGCAGCUCGCAGGCAGCGUCGGCAGCGACAACGCCGACAGCGGCACAGCUAACUAAAACGACGCCGACGUCAGCAGCAGCAGCAGCAGCUGCUGCAUCAGUAACGGCAACAGCGGCGCCAACGCCAACGCCAACGCCAACGGCAACGGCAACGCCAUCGCCGGCAGAGAAAAAGGCGAACUAAAGCAUAGAGAGCAUUUGUGAGAGGUCUAGCGCUCAGUCAUAUGUUAUGUAUAAUUUUUGGACCCGACACCCCAAACACC